AUGGAAAUUGCCCAAAAUCAGAAGGAAGGGCCGGUUCUUCUAUUGUUAACUUCAGUGCAGUGUCUGCACACGCGCGAGCCCCCCGCCCCCGCGCCUCUCACCCGCACCGCCCCUCAGGAGCGGUGGCUGGAUGUCAAACUCAACCAUUUUGAUGCUAGCAACACUGCUACUUUUAGGAUGCGUUAUUACUACAACGACCAAUUCACGAGGCAAAACAGUAACAUAGUGAUAUUCGUGGGGGGGGAGUGGGAGAUAUCCCCCGGGUGGGCGCAGACCGGCCUGGCCUAUGAGCUCGCUUCGCGGACUGGUAGCGGCCUGUUUUAUACUGAACAUCGGUACUAUGGCAGCACCAGGCCUACUGCAGACACGCAAUUAACAAAUCUUCGGUUCUUAAAUGUGGACCAGGCGCUCGGUGACCUGGCCCAGUUCAUUCAGUACAUCAAAAGCGAUCGCUAUGAAGGUGGAAAGUUUAAGAACGCAUCAGUGGGCCUGGUUGGAUGUUCAUACGCUGGCAGCAUGGCUACUUGGAUGCGCCUCGCCUACCCGCACCUGGUGAAUGCUGUCUUCUCAGACAGCGGACCACUGCACGCACAGGAAGAUUUCCCUGAGUAUCUAGAAGUGAUAACAGAAGCGCUACGCUCGCAGGGCAGCGAAGCAUGCCUCGCCAGUGUGGCGGAGGCGGUGCAGCGGAUGGUCGAGCUGUUGGCGACUGACGAUGGUGCUGCACAAAUAUCUACCAUGUUCAACACUUGCGCCCCAAUUCGCGCCAACGCGACCCUGGACAUCACAACUUUCUUCUGGUACGGCAUCACGGAGACCUUCGCCUAUCUGGUGCAGUACGCAACGCCGGGGGACAUAGCUAGAGCGUGUGACGUCAUCACGAAUAAUGCAGUGGUGGACCCAGUGCAGCGUCUCGCUAACUGGAUAAAUAACGAACCCUGGACUCAACCCUGCAUCGAACCGCGCUACGACGAGGUUCUAGUCAAGCACAUGAACUACAGCUAUGAUGCACCUGAUACUACAAUGCGACUGUGGACGUACCAAACGUGCGUGGAGUACGGUUGGUACCAGAGCACCACCAGCUUGCGCCAGCCUUUCCUCUCCACCGUGCCCUUGGAGUACUUUCAUCAGAUGUGCAAGGACUUUUUCUCUGCAGAUAUAAACGAGAGUCUGCUUCGCGCGGGCAUACACCGCACUAAUCUUUUCUAUGGUGGUUUCAACAUUCCUGACUAUGUGGUAUCAGUAGCCGGAGGCAUUGACCCCUGGUCCCCUAUGGGCCCAAACACGACCCACAGCAGGCCACUGGCCCCCGUUUAUUUUGUGCCUGAAAUCUCUCAUUGCAGAGCUAUAAGGCCCUCAAACGACAGCGAAACGGAAAUAUUAAGAGAUGCGAAACUAUCCGUUCUGCGGCACAUGGAAUAUUAUAUAACUGGAGGAGACAGUACACAAUCUGCCGCUCAUUCAGUGAUGAUAACUCCAUUGAUUACCGUGUACAUGAUAGCUCUGUGCUUUAUGUUAUAAAAUUUGUAUCUGCA